GUAAUAAGCUAAACGAUGGUAGAAAAAGACUCUCAACUUAGUGCUUUAGAUAUUGGUGAACUCGAUAUGUACGUCCAAAGUGUGGAACCUUGGUGUAUAGAUGCCAUUGGAAACCAAGCAUGGCUUGACUGGCAUAUUCGGUUGCAAAAACUGAACCAACAGGCAGUUCUAGAAGCCUCUUCUAUGCAAGAAGAAAUUACAAAAGAAACCCUUAUCUCUUACGGAAAGCUUCCGGUUUUGGUUCAGGAAGCAAUUUGCAUUCAAGUGUGGCGUUUAAAAAUCUACCCGCAAAUAAUGAAAUUGGAACCCGCACCUACAAAUACUUUUGGUGUGUAUAUGGUGCUAUACCACGAGGCAGCGGCUAUAGGUCUGCUAGAAACUGUUCUUUUUCAUGAAGACGGUGCUCAGUGCGUCAGUGAAGUUGCUAUUGACUUAAUCCAUUACACCGUCGACCAGCUAACGGCUCUUGUCGCUCUAAUAAAUAAUGGAUAUUUAAAACCCUUAUCUGCUAAAGAGUUAGACAGUGAGACAGCGGUCGAGGAACUUGAACGUCAGAAAAGAGACUUACAAUUCGACAUCAGCAUGAGAUGUAUCUCAAUUGUUCGGUAUUUGGCAGAGCACAUGGAGGUAGCGGGUAUAGGCGCAUCAAUAUCUACUAACUUGUACAAGACCUAUGAUGUUCCUUCUAUUCUAUGCCAUCUCAUACAGCUUCAACCCUGGCGGAAAGUUAAUGACAAAGGAGAUAUCCAGAUAUUUAAUUUUGGGCGCUGGUCCAAGCCGUCCGCCGAGGAUCUCUCUCAACUGCACCGUAGCGAAGCUCAACUUUGGCUUUGUCUUCGCCAAUUACUUCUAGAGCCAAGAUUGCCUCAUCACUACACUAUCGACGAGUGUCGUCGCUCUUCCUUCUGUUCGCUUCAAGCAAAAAUCACGGAUGCAAUGUUAGAUCAAGUACCACCGUUGGGCGAUUUGAAAAUGUUCCUGUGCCGGUUAGCCGUGGGCGAUUACUCUAGCCUACAUAAUCGUACAAAUGGCGUCAAGAACCCGGGAUGCACGCUUAUUGAAGUAGUACCACAGAUAAAAAAAUCAUAUUUAAAAGAAGUCCACAAGCGCACCAAGUCGCUAGCUAAAGCACAACUUGAGCAUUUCAAAAUGGAUGGUUCCGAAUCUUCUAGAAAUAUGGCGAAAAAGCUUCUAGAAUCUUACACUAGUGACGCUGCACUUGCGAUGGAUAGUGGUGGGGCAAAGUGCGCUAAAUGUGGUGAUAAAGCAAGUAAAAAGUGUUCAAGAUGCAAAACUGAGUGGUACUGUGGCAGAGAAUGUCAAGUUCAACAAUGGCCGAAGCAUAAGGAAAUUUGUGAUCAGUUUUCAAGUCUAUGCAUGUGAAAUUAAAUUUAUUUUCCUAACGACUAAUAAACUCUUAAUUUAAUCUAAAUAAUGAACUUAAACGGCGACAGAUUUAAUUUUUU